AUGGCCGUCGCGCACAACGACAAGAAGGCGAAGAGCGUCGUGGGCGCGCCUGCGCAGAGGACGCAGGGGAGCAGGAAGGGGAAGAAGGCGUGGAGGAAGAAUGUCGAUUUGGACGAGGUGGAGCAGGGCCUGGAGGAGGUCCGCGAAGAGGAGAGGCAGUUCGGGUCUGCACUACACAGAAAGAAAGACGAGGACCUGUUCGUAGUCGACACAGCCGGCGACGACACAGUCCGCAAACGGCUCCCAAAACUGUCCACGCGCUCCCUUACAGCGGCCAAAAUCCUCGCCCAACGCUCCGCCGUCCCAGCCGUGCACUCCCGCUCCACCCCCUCGUCCUCCACCAAACAAAAACUGACACGCGCCGAAAAAGAGCGCCUGCUCCGGAUCGGGAAGAAGGACCGCAAAGGGCCCUUGAAUACGCUCGUGGACCAUACGAGCCAGGGCGAGGGCUCUGCGCUGCUCGAAGUCUCCCACGCGGCGAAGCAGGGGACGUACGACGUCUGGGGCGCCCCGUCUACCUCGUCCGCGCCCCCCAAAGCCGAUUUCGCGCCCGCGUCGACGAACGCGCUUCUCCCGCCCUCCCGCGCGCCCAAUCUCUCCCACACGCGCUCGCAGAUCUCUGCUCCAGCUGUCCCAGCGCCCCACGCGGGCGCAUCGUACAACCCGCCCGCAGAAGCGCAUACCCAGCUACUCCUCCAAGCCCAUUCAAUCGAGACAGAGCGCGAAGAAAAGCGCCUGAAAGAAGAGGCGUUCAAAGCGCGCGUUCUCGCCGCGCGGAAUCAUGGCGUCGGCUCGGGCGUGGGGAUGGACCUCGACGACCUCGACGCAUCGAAGGACGUGGAAAUUGAGGAAGGCGAGACGCUCGUCAAAAAGCUCCCCCCGCGCAAAACGAAACAACAGCGCCGCCGCGCCCUCCGCGCCAAACUCGACGCCCGCGCCCUCGCCGAAAAAGCCGCGCGCAAGCGCCUAUCCGCCCAAGUCGACUCUGCGCGGCGCUUCGCGAAGCUCACGGCCCAAGAGCAGGCCGCUGCUGCUCUACGCGCUGCGCAGAGGAAGGAGGCGCGGUUGGCGCGGUUGAGGGCGGGUUUGGGGGGCGUGAGGUUGGGGAAGCAUGUGGUGCCGAGGGGGGAGGUGGAUGUGCAGUUGGGCGAGGAGCUGAGUGAGAGUUUGAGGGGGUUGAGGGUCGAGGGGAGUCUGUGGAGGGAUAGGUUUGUGAGUAUGCAGCAGAGGGCGCUCGUCGAGCCCAGAGCGCAGAUACAGCCGAGCAAGGGUCGCAAGAUGAAGGUGUACGAGAAGCACGACUUCAAGCGCUUUGACGCCCAGCCCUAG